CCCUACUCUCUCUUCCUCUGUUCCGGUUCGUUCCCUCUCUCUCUCUCUCUCUUUCCCUCUUCUACCAGGACAGAGGAGGGUAAAUCCGCAGAACACGACCUUGUUUGCGUCGCCCUGAUCAACCAGAAUCUCAAGACCAGCGGAGAAAAUGAUCGAAGAAGAGAAAAACAGUUUCACCGCCGGCAAUCCGCCGAGCCACUACGGCACGUUCCAAGGCGUCCUCAACUCCUAUCCUCCUCUUCCUCCUUCUACGCAGCCCCUGCUCCAGCCGGUUGUCGGUUUCCCGCAGCCAGUUGCCCCUCCCGGGCCCUCCAUCUCCGAUCCCCACUUCCCUGUCCACUCCUACCAAAACGUUUCAAGUCCUCAUGGUUGUUCGUUGUAUCAUUCGAAUGGCUAUCAAGCCGCUCCUGCUUACGUUGUUUAUGAGGGAAGACCCAUCAGAGAACAUCGUCUUCCUUGCUGUGGUAUGGGGAUGGGAUGGCUUUUGUUUCUCAUUGGCUUCUUCUUCGGUGGGAUUCCCUGGUAUAUAGGAACUUUUAUUCUACUUUGUGUUCAUGUGGAUUACAGAGAGAAACCUGGAUAUGUUGCUUGUGCAAUAGCAUCUGUUAUUGCGAUGUUUGCCGUUACUUUCGGCUUAACCAAGGGAGGCCAUAUCUGGCAAGCUUAACAUGCAUUUGAUUAUUUUGCUGCAUUGGCUUCUAAACUGGAUUUCUACUAUAAAACAAGAAUAGGAAAGCAAGCAAGCAAGCAAGCAAAUCAUAUGUAAAUAUCUGUUGUGCUGAGGCUUUAUCCAUACUCUUCCCGUUUCACUUUCAAUUUGCUUCCUGUAAAAGGGGAAGAAGUAUAUUAUUUGAAUUGUGUAAGACUGCAAAUUGUGUUCGUAUUGCUCUUUUUGUCAACUAUAUUAUGUGAAAGAAGCAAUUCAUUUUAAA